UAUGGUACAAAGACAACCCACGUGACUUAAUGGCGUAAAUUUCACCACCCCAUGCAGCCUGCAGGUAACCGACUAACCGAGGUCAGUGCGCGUAGUGAUGUUGCUAAGGAAGGUUGUGUGCCGCGUGUGGACUCCUGCUAGCCAGUGGGUGCCGCAGUGUAGGAAGGCCACGACCAUCGUGACCCACGCACGCAUUGGCGUUCUAGGGGCACCCUUCGAGAAGGGGCAGAAACACGCUGGUGUCGCCCAGGGGCCGUCGGCGCUGCGCAAGACAGGCUUCCUGAGCGCCCUGACUGAGCGAGGCUUAGAUGUGCUGGAUUAUGGCGACGUGCGGGAGGACCUCAGCACCAGUACCAGCAGCACCACCAGCAGCAGCGGUGGUGGUGGUGGUGGUGGUGGUCAGUACAGCACAGGUCCUGAAGGAGAGAAGGACUUCUACCGCGUCCUCGAGUACAACAAGAAGCUGGCCGUCGCCGUGGCCGACGUCCUCCGUGAUGACCGCUUGUGCGUCACGCUGGGGGGCGACCACACCAUUGCUAUCGGCACCAUAGCGGGGCACGCGGCCUCCCUCGCCCCCCACCAGAAGGUGUCGGUGCUGUGGGUGGACGCUCACGCAGACAUCAACACAGGUGCCUCCUCCCACACGUCCCACAUGCACGGCAUGGCCGCGGGCUUCCACAUGGCAGAGCUGCAGCACAGCAACCUGCCCUGUGGCUUCCCGCAGUCGUCUCUGAAUGUCGCCCAAAUCGCCUACAUCGGCCUUAGGGACGUCGACGUCGCAGAGGCAAUGGCAGUGAUGGGAGGGCUGACGGUGCGCGAGGGCUGCGUGGCGCUGGAGGCCGCGAGGGCCACUGGCCACCUGAGGGCACUGGACCUCGUGGAGGUCAACCCCAGCCUGGCGGACACCAGGGGCGUGGCCACCACCACCCUGGCUGCCCGCACCCUCCUCUACGCCGCCCUCUCCGGCCACUGACCGCCAGCUUGUCGAUUUUUUUGGCCACUGACCACAUGCAUGUUCAUCCUGCGGCCACUGACCACCUGCAUGUCCAUUCUGUGGCCACUGACCGCCUACAUGUCCUUUCAGUGGACACUGACCACUUGCAUCUGCCAUCACUGUAGCGACCGACCACCUGCAUUUCCAUUUAUUUGGCCACUGACCACGUACUUUAGUCCAUCAGUCUGGCCACAGACCAACAUCAUCUGUCCAUUUGUCUGGCGUCACACUACCACCAUCUGUCCGUCUGUCUGGCCACAGACUACCAUCAUCUGUCCAUCUGCCUGUCCACAGACUGUGCAUCGCUGUACCGACCACCGUCGUUUGUUUGUCCAUAUUGUGACCCAUAAUUUCUACAGGGCGACCCACUCCCUCCAACCCAUAUCUGUAUUAUUUGUAUAAACUCGCACAAUUUAUGUUCUUAUACAAGUUUGAUUGCAGACCCGAGAAAGUGUUGUAUAUGAUAAAUCUAAUCUUCCUUCUAAAGGAAACGCACAAAAUUCUACACUGUUGUCGGUAGAUCGAAAUUCAAGUUACUGAAAGACAAUUUUAUUACGUCAAUGCUUGCAAUGUAUCAAGCCUCCUUAUCUGAAUAUCCUCUAAUAUAACUAUCCCAAAUUACCUAAAUAGAAUAAUAGUCAAAAGUAUUCAACAAUUUUUAUUAUAAGCUAUGAAGGAAAAUCGGAAUUCUAAUAUAGAAUCCACGUUUAGACGUAAUAUACAGUUUAUGAUGCAAGAUGCUAUCUAUAUGUAGUAUCGGUAUGGCUACCUAUAUACAGUCUAGGCAUUUAGGGAUAGAAUGCGUCUUUCAUAUCAUUGCAAUGUACAACGAUUUAGAAAUGUUAUCUAUAAUGAAUAAGCAAUACACAAGUUAAAUGAAA